AUGAGGGCAUCCGGAGGCCUUGUCGCUCGAUUUGACUCGGCUAUGCCACAAGUAUAUAACUCUGCCGAGGACACCCUCUCCGGUUUGGUCCCUUCAUCGGCAAGACAUCGUUCCAAAUCACAAGUUCAUAACUUACCACUGUGUCCUAUCACUGGUCUCGCUCUCUACCGCGUCUAUUCACCUAUCAGUCUAUCACUCGACCAUCAUACAUUCUUCAAAAUGCGCUACAACCAGCUCAUUCUUUCUUUCUUCCUGCUGUUCACCUUCGUCAUCGCUCUGCCUACCCCAGCCCCAAUAGAGGCCGUUGAAAAUCAAGUAGCCGCAGAUAAGAACAAGAACAACAAGAACGGGACCAAGAAAACUACCACAAAGACAACCAGCACAAGGACAACCAACAAUACUAAGAGGCCCGUUGUAAGGGCUGCUGACUGUACUGCAGCCAAGAAGCUGGCAGCUGGCAUUGUUGACAACAUUGAUAUCCAGAAGAGGGAGCUGACCGAGGUUGCCGCCGUGAAGAAGAUUGUCACCUCUAAGGACAUAAACAAGACCCAGUUCAAGCAGGCCAAGGACAGGCUUAUGCAGACGGUCAAGGAGGGCAUGACUGUCCGCGAGAAAAACGAGAAGAUGGCAAACACAGCCAAGGACACUAUCGUCAUAAAAGGCCUGAAAACGGUUGCUGAUGCUCAGAAAAAAGAGCUGAAUCAGGUGAAGGAUCUGAAGGGCACCAAGGCUGAUGUUGAUAUCAUCAACACGCUUGAGAGUGAGUUCAAGGCGGGUAUGAAAAAGAACGAUGAGAACAGGAGGGAUGCUUUGAAAGGUUGCUAA